AUGGGCGUUGUUGCCGCCGCCGCCGCCGCAGCGGCAGGUGUAAUGCCUUUGCAGGUUGACCAACUGAGCAUAGGCAGCGGCGGCGGCGGUGGCGAGUCUGCGCACGGGCCAGGGCCAGCCCAGUUGCUGCAGGCGGCCGCUGUGAUGGCUGCCAACGACCCAGAACCAAUGAGCAUAUCAGCCGUGCCCGUAUCGGUCUCAGCAAUGGGAACUGCGCAUAGCGCAGCGGCUACCGCUUUUCUUUUCAAUAAUUUUGUAACUGUGGCGGCGCCAACACAUCCGUCGCCGUCGCAGCCACCACCAUUGGUUGCCAGUACGUUUGCGCCGCUGGUUAACACUGGCCUGCAAUACUUAGACAAAUCCUAAGAAGAACCUCGACUCCCUCAAUCCAGGCGCACAGCCGUCUCUCGAUACAGGUAUUAGGGCAACGGCAGCUACUAGUGUGAACUACAGUCAAUAUAUAAGGCAUUGCGAAUCGGAACAGCAGGGGGUAUAUGGAUAUAGCGUGAUGUCAGGCAAUGGAAAAACAUGUACACCCACUAGGAUAUAGUGUGUCCCUAAAAAUAAGCAAAUGUGCCGAUAAUACACACACACACACAUAUGUAUGUAAUAAUUCAUAGAACUUAAUUCCUUAAACAACAUGUUUCAAGCCGAACAUUAUUUUUACCGUUGUUGAGCUAAGGAAUCGGUAUUACAGUAAUUGUAUAUGCAAACCCAAUUUGUAUUUGUACAUAAAGUUAUAUACAUUUUUAUUAGUGUUAAAUCAUCGAAAAGCAAAUGAUUUAUGAUAUAUCGACUUAGCUAGUAUGUAUAUACAACUUUUAAAUAUAAACUACAUCAAAAACGGCCUAAUUAUUUUCAUCAAUGUAAAAGAAGUUCCCCCGUUCUCCCUUUAAAUCCCGGCACUCGUGUUACAAAAGCAAACCCUUAUUACGUAUACAUUCUAACUCGCAUAAUUAAAUAUAUAUAUAUAUAUGUAUAUAUAUAUAUAUAUCGUGAAUAUAUAUUUUUUGUACAGAUAAAGGUCAAACAGUUUUAGUUGAAAUGGAUGUUUGUAUCUAAUUUGGGGGAAAAAGGAUCAGUCGUUAGACGGAUAGUGUUAUAAUCCGUAUAAAAUAAACCGUAAUUAAAUAAUUAAUUAAGCCAACUCAAUAAUGUAUGAUAUAUAUGUACGUACCAAUAUAUAUAUUUGUAAAUGUACGCAUUCAUUUUGUAUUUUCGAUUUUGGGAUGGUUUUUUGUUCUGAAUUUUCUGAAUCAUGGAAGCCACAAUUUAUACAGAGACUGUAUUUAAACAGUUCAAUAUUGGCCCAAUAAAAUGUUUACACCAUUCCACUAAGAGUUUCUGUUGAAAAU